AUUUAGACAGGCUCAACCCCUUUUUCUUUCAGUCGUUCUGUUGCUUUUUGUUUAGGUUAACAAUAGAGAGUGAGAGAGUGAGAGAGAGAGAGAGAGAGAGAGAGAGAGAGAGAGAGAGAGAGAGAGAGAGAGAGAGAGAGAGAGAGAGAGAGAGAGAGAGAGAGACGAACACAAGCGCAAGCGGCUCUCCAUGCCUUCAGUCUAGCGGAGCGGGCGAUGGAUGUGAGAUUUUACCCUGCACCUCCUUCAAGCGUGGGCUCGUGUACAUUACCCACCGAUACCAGCCUCUCCUCUCUGGACUAUUACCACUGCAACAAGAACAGAUACAGUGUAGCAGAUCGAGGUGUUAGGCUGUACAGCGCUUUACCCGUGAGAGCCAACCCCGAGGGGAAACGACUGCCCUCUGUAGGGUUUGAUGGUGAAAAUAUGUACAUGAGUGACAACAACCAGGAGUUUCUCUCCCCGAGUCAGCAGAAUUACUCAGGACAGGGAGGAGGAACCGGUAAUGGAGGUGGGGGAGGCGACGAGGAUUAUGAGAUCCCCCCUAUAACCCCUCCCAAUCACCCCGAGCCGCAUCUACUGCACCUGAUGGACCCCGAAUCCAGUUACCUGUGUCACUCUCUCCCCCACAACGGCCUGAUCAACCCGUACUCCUAUCCCGAGCUGCCCGCUCUCAUGAUGUCCAACAUGCUCGCCCAGGACGGACACCUGCUCUCCAGCCAAAUGCCCUCGAUGCCGGCGUUUACGGGGCAGUCUGGCGGUUAUUACCCCCGCGCCCACCACAGCCCCAUGAUAAACGCAUCCGCCCGGAUACUGCCCCAUCCCAUGAGCGCCCUCUCACAACUCAGCUCUCAGAUUGGUCAAGCCUCCUAUACCCACGGUUCCCCAUCGUCAUCAGGAAGUCAGUCAGCCACGCCCUCUCCCUCAAGCACCGCCCAGGAAGAGGAAGCAAAGUACCACGCAAAGCUCACGGGCGAGAAGAGGCCUUCCUCUGACAUGAUGAAGCCCAAACCCAAACCUCAGAAGAAGAAGAAGAAGAAGGAUCCGAACGAGCCGCAGAAGCCCGUCUCGGCGUACGCGCUGUUCUUCAGGGAUACUCAGGCUGCUAUUAAAGGCCAAAACCCCAACGCCACCUUUGGAGACGUCUCCAAGAUCGUGGCGUCCAUGUGGGACAGUCUGGGAGAAGAACAGAAACAAGCAUAUAAGAGGAAAACAGAAGCGGCCAAGAAGGAGUACCUGAAGGCCCUGGCAGCGUACCGAGCCAGCCUGGUUUCCAAGAGCUACAAUGAUCCAGUGGAGAGUAAAAGCGGUCAGUCCAGUCAGCCCUCGUCUCACAUGAUGCCCCCCAACGCCUCCCUGUACAGCGUCCCGCCGCAGCCCUCCUCCCCGUACCUGGGCCCCAGCCCCUUCCCCCUCUCGGACCUCCAGAGUUACGCCGCAGGGGCUCCCAGACACGGCCUGCCCCGGUCGGCCAUGCUGCCCGCGCUCAGUGCCUCCCCCCCAGCGUCCUUUCAGAUCAGCCCCCCUCUCCACCAGCAGCUCUCCCUGCACCAGGGCUCCCUCCUCAACCAGCCAAUCCGCAUGCAACAGGUCCAGUCGCAGCCAAUCAUCUCUCACCAGAUGGGUCUCCAGGCUCCGCUCCACUCCCCACCCCCAGGACAGCAGGGAUUUUCUCACUUACAGUCCGAGUAUCAGAAAAGUGUGGGGGGGUCUCAGUCUCCAGGGGCUCCGAACCCGGGGGGUCAGAACCCAGAGUGGGACGGCGAGUAUUGCAACCGGGAAUGCGGUGGAAACCACUGCAGUGGCAGUAUGAUAGGCAGGGACAAGCCACUCUACCUCACUUGAAGAAAAACAAGGAGACCAGAUGAACCAACACCAGGGAGUCCCACCCCCCCACCAACCCACCUCUCCACCACUCCUCCCAGACACCAUCAGUUUAACCUCAGUGUCAUUUUUCAUUCGUUUUUAGAGGGAUGUGUGUGUGUGUGUGUGUGUGUGCGCGUUCUGAAGACUACUAGCGAUUCUUUCAUUUUUGCCAAGCACUUAAAAAUGUACAGGCCUCUGUCAGAGACUCAUCCUGUCUCUGAAUACAGCUAAAAGAAAAACACACACAAAAAAACGUGUAUAUAAGAAAAACUAAUGGAAAAAAUAUCAAACUACCAUUAAACCGGCCCUCAGGGCACAUGAGCUUUAAUGAAAACAUGAGGACAAACUCUCCUCAGUCUCAGUUACGUCUCCUUCUCGUCUCAUUCUUUUUCCGUUGCUCUUUUAUUUAUUUCCCGCUUGCGACAUUGCGCUUUUUUGUCUAAGUAACGCUCUUCCGAGGGCGAUGUGUUAAUGCUCACCUGAUGCUCUGUGAAUUUUAGUAGGAUGGGCGUAAAAUAGAGGAGAAAUAAGUCAACUUCUUUUGUAAUUUAAAGGCCGGUGUUGGUCUUUACUGCUCUGUCACAGUGUGAUUGUAAAUAUCACUUUUUUGGGGGUCAGAUUUGGAAGAUGAAGUCCAGAUAUUUUUUCUUCUUUAAUAUGACUUAAAACUCAUUGAUUUGUAUUUGAAAUGGUAUUUUGUGAAUGCGUGCGAGUGUGAAUGUGUUUGCGUGUUGUGUAGCUGAGCGGCCUGUGGUAUCAGAAGAGCGUUUCCGCACGUACACAAUCUUGCAUUAAAAUCUGUGCGCGCUGGUGCGAGAGAAUAAAGAAAGCCAUGACAAACCACAUGACCCGGCUCUCCGUUUAGGAUCAACAGACGUUUUCCCGAGAAUGUUCGCGACCAAAAUUUAGAUUGAAUUAGAUCAGUUUUGAAUACGUUUUAAAAAAUAUAUAUUUUACUCUCAGGUUUUAAUGGCGACAGAUAUAAGCGUAAUCCCUCGGAAGGCACCGCCACAUUAAGGCCUAAAACACACUAGCGGCAUGCUAGGGCUAAUCGUGUCGUGCUUUUUUCAGUCCUCAAGGGGGCGAUGUCUGCAUCAAUGGAUAGUAUUUUAGUAGCUAGCGGAUCAACUAACUUUAGCUACCUUGCACAUCAACAUUCUCUUCAAACUGAUCUGACGCGACGUCGAGCACACACGAUAUCUCAGUAUUUCUGUUGAACUCCGGGUCAUUUCUUUUGUCUUGACUGACGUUAAAGCCACCGACAUGUAAAUGGGAACGAUGGCGUUCUCUAUGUGAGAUUUUACAGCACACAGUAAAGCAACAACAGUGGGUCUAUAGUUUUCUAGUAGCUUUUGCUAGAUGUUCUAUUGUGUUGAUUUCAUCUUUUGAGUUUUGUGGGGAAAACCGAAAUACAUUCGAUCAUGUAGUCAAACGUUUUAUUUGAAUCUUUUUUCUACUGUAGCAUACGAUUUUUAGUUGAAUAAACAAGGAAACUUUCGAAGACAUUUCAGUUGUGCACAAACCUGCCAGUUGUAGUUAUUUUAUUUGUAAAGUCAGCAAUGAUAAUUAUUUUAAAAAAUGUUAUCAGCGAGUUGCCCAUCGGUUAAUAUUUAAUAAUGUUUAACAGGUUUCUAUUUAUGAACAAAACGAGAUCGGGUUUGCUUAGAACUACAAUAUUUGAAUUCUAUUGUUUUUUUUUCUUUUUGUUGUUGAUGAUGAAGAUGACGAAGACAAUUGCUAUUUUUAUUUACCUUUUGAAUGCUGGUUUUUCUUUCAUUGCCAGCCAGGUCAUUUUUGUGUCACUAUGCCUUUUUGUUUCUUUUUGUCCGUAAUAAAAAUGUUAA